AUGUAUUAAAACACUUUGCAAAACUCAAUAAAAAGGUUUGACAAAUUAACUACUUCUGAGACUAAAUAUUCUCGACAAUCUUAAGAUUCAUAUUAUCUAAAAAAUAAAUAGCAAACCUAAUUGGCAAUCCCAAGUUUUAGAACCCUCAUUACUUCUAGAUGCAAAACAUAAUAAACUAUUGAAAUACAAUAGGAUAAAUCGCCAACUACCACUUAAAGAAGAAUUCUUAAAAAUAAAGAUGAAAUUACUGAAAAACUUAUUCCUAGAUCAAAUGAAAUACUAGAAAUAUAUGAUGAAUUCGAAAAAAAUUAUAACAAUGUAAAAAUGUUGAACUCAUUGACUUCUGAAUUAAAUUAUUUGGAUCAACAAUUCUAUACUAAUAUAAAUAAAUAACCAUAAGAAAAUAUUACAUAGGUGAUUAAUUAUUAAAACAACUAUCUCACUUAAUGUGAUUUAAAUUAUGAAAUGAAGUUAGAAAUUUAAAGGUUUCGAUUUCAGUACUAUAGAAUUAGAAUCAAAGAUUAAGAAUCUCCUAUUCAGAUAACAUUUUUAAGCUAAAAUGCUCAAAUAAACAGUCUCCGAUCAUAUUUUUCUUUAAAAAUUGAAUUUCCAACAAAAUUUAAUGCUGAUUAUUAAGUAAACAGUAAAUCAAUUAGAAUUUUCGCGAACAAUACGACUUCUUUUUUCACUGAAGACUAUUUAUUUAUGACAUUAUAUUCACAAAAUGAUUUUUUAUGUACUGUGGUUGUCACUUUUGGAUUUGAGAGAAAAAUAAAAGUUAAUAAGCCAUAAAAAGCUCAAUCCUUGUUUGAGGAUUUUAUUCCAAGAACAAAAAAAUAAAAGUCUUAACCAAAAUUUUAUCAACCUGAAGCUAGAUUAUAAAAUCUUCUUAAUCCUGAGACAUUAUAAUAAAUUAAAUCAGAAAGAUAAAUCAAAUAAUAAAAAGUACUUAAUAAUGGAAAAAAUAUCAUAGAAGAAAAAUUAUUAGAUAAGAAGAGCAAGUUAUUUGUGAAAGAUUAGAUUAUAAAAUAUAGAGAAAUUGAAAAAAUGACUAAAUAAAAAGUUUCAUAUAGAAAUGCACUUUAAAAAGCAUGGUUAAAAUGUAUUUUUACAACUAUCUUCCUUCACAAUUUACAGUAUUUUUUAUUAGUAUAGUAAUUUAUAUAUUAUUUAGUGUUAAAAAAAAUAAAUUCGACUUGAAGCAAGAGGAAAAUUAUUAGUUUGGUAAUUAUAAACAAAAUCAUUAAUUUCAGUUAAAGAUUUUGGAGAUACUCCUAUUGAAAGAACAAUUUUUAAGUCAUCACUUUCAUUAAAUGCUAUUUGCAUGAUUUUAAAGAAACCAAUUAUAUAAAAGGCUAAAAAAGUAGUUACUUCUUAUUUACAAUCCAUAAUAUUGGCUAUUAGUGUUCUGAACAAAUAUUAAAGAUGGACAGCAAAGAGUAUAUAUAUAUUUUAUUAAUAAAUAUUAGUAAUUUCCAUCUAAAGAAAUUUUAGGAAUAUGAAAUGCAAAAAAAGAAACUUUAAAGAGAAGCUUUGGAGAUUAAUAAAAGAAGAGUUUGAUGAUAUCAUUUAUGAAUUUGCUUAAUUGAAAGGCAUAACUUCAUAUUAUGAUUAUGAAGAGAGAUCACAUAUUCAUAUUGAUACGUAUUUGUUUAUAUAAUUAAUAGAGUUUUAAUGUUUUCAUUAUUAGAUGAAUAUGCUUAANGGUUUCGAUUUCAGUACUAUAGAAUUAGAAUCAAAGAUUAAGAAUCUCCUAUUCAGAUAACAUUUUUAAGCUAAAAUGCUCAAAUAAACAGUCUCCGAUCAUAUUUUUCUUUAAAAAUUGAAUUUCCAACAAAAUUUAAUGCUGAUUAUUAAGUAAACAGUAAAUCAAUUAGAAUUUUCGCGAACAAUACGACUUCUUUUUUCACUGAAGACUAUUUAUUUAUGACAUUAUAUUCACAAAAUGAUUUUUUAUGUACUGUGGUUGUCACUUUUGGAUUUGAGAGAAAAAUAAAAGUUAAUAAGCCAUAAAAAGCUCAAUCCUUGUUUGAGGAUUUUAUUCCAAGAACAAAAAAAUAAAAGUCUUAACCAAAAUUUUAUCAACCUGAAGCUAGAUUAUAAAAUCUUCUUAAUCCUGAGACAUUAUAAUAAAUUAAAUCAGAAAGAUAAAUCAAAUAAUAAAAAGUACUUAAUAAUGGAAAAAAUAUCAUAGAAGAAAAAUUAUUAGAUAAGAAGAGCAAGUUAUUUGUGAAAGAUUAGAUUAUAAAAUAUAGAGAAAUUGAAAAAAUGACUAAAUAAAAAGUUUCAUAUAGAAAUGCACUUUAAAAAGCAUGGUUAAAAUGUAUUUUUACAACUAUCUUCCUUCACAAUUUACAGUAUUUUUUAUUAGUAUAGUAAUUUAUAUAUUAUUUAGUGUUAAAAAAAAUAAAUUCGACUUGAAGCAAGAGGAAAAUUAUUAGUUUGGUAAUUAUAAACAAAAUCAUUAAUUUCAGUUAAAGAUUUUGGAGAUACUCCUAUUGAAAGAACAAUUUUUAAGUCAUCACUUUCAUUAAAUGCUAUUUGCAUGAUUUUAAAGAAACCAAUUAUAUAAAAGGCUAAAAAAGUAGUUACUUCUUAUUUACAAUCCAUAAUAUUGGCUAUUAGUGUUCUGAACAAAUAUUAAAGAUGGACAGCAAAGAGUAUAUAUAUAUUUUAUUAAUAAAUAUUAGUAAUUUCCAUCUAAAGAAAUUUUAGGAAUAUGAAAUGCAAAAAAAGAAACUUUAAAGAGAAGCUUUGGAGAUUAAUAAAAGAAGAGUUUGAUGAUAUCAUUUAUGAAUUUGCUUAAUUGAAAGGCAUAACUUCAUAUUAUGAUUAUGAAGAGAGAUCACAUAUUCAUAUUGAUACGUAUUUGUUUAUAUAAUUAAUAGAGUUUUAAUGUUUUCAUUAUUAGAUGAAUAUGCUUAAAAAAAAAAGGAGAUUUGGUAAAAAUAUAUACAUGAUACAUUUGUUGUUAAUAAUCCUAAGAAUGUAAUUCAAUUUAUUAAAGAUAGAGACUAAUAAGUUUGGCAAUCAAUUUUAAAAAACCAUCUUUGUUCUAGUUACCUAAUGAAUUCGAGAUCAGAGAUAUAAUAGAGAAGUAUGCAGCUAUCAAAAGGCUUAUCUGA